AUGGCUCCCACUCUCGAUGUCAUCCACAUUGGCACCGCCACUGCCAUUCUCGAGAUCAACGGUGUCAAUUUCUUGACCGAUCCAUUCUUCUCCCCUGCCGGUACCACCUGGGACAGAGGCCGCAUCGUUUUGAAGGUUACGGAAGAUCCUAAGCUUCAUCUUAACCAGCUUCCCGUGAUUGAUGCUGUGCUGUUGAGCCACGAAGAUCACCCUGACAAUCUGGAUGAGCUCGGUCGACAACUCCUCGACGGGCGUCGUGUUUUCACCACUGUUGAUGGGGCUCAGAACCUCGCGCCCCGACCUGCUGUUCAUGGCAUGAAGUCAUGGGAAAAGAUUGACAGUGUAAUUGCCGGGAAGAAGUUCACUAUCGUGGCGACCCCAACGCAGCACGUUCCGGGAAACGAAUGUACCGGUUUCAUCGUGACUGGCGAAGACUUUGGAACUGGCCGUGAUGGCCUCCCAAAUGCGAUCUACUUCAGUGGUGAUACUGUCUAUAUUGAAGAGUUGACUUCCAUCGCGGAUAAAUACCACAUUCGUGCCGCUGUGAUGAACCUGGGCAAUGCGCAUGCUCCUCUCCUAGAAGAUCCCAACGCUCCUCUCAUGCAGAUUACCAUGGGUGGCAAGGAUGGAGCCAAGCUCUUGCGUGCCAUCAAGGCCGAUAUUCUUGUCCCCAUGCACUAUGAGUCCUGGGGUCAUUUCACCCAAUUCGGGGUCGAGCUGCGCCAGGCCUUUGAGGAUGCGGGUAUCAGCGAUAAAGUUUGCUGGCUGGAAGGAGGCAAGAAGAUCUCUGUUCUUUAA